UUAAUAGGUUCAAAUUAAGCAUGAGAUCUUUGCAAAGCAAUGUCAAGUUCAUGCUCUUAGCAGCUUUGAUCUAUCUCAUUCUUAUAAAGGAAAAAGCUGAAGCACGUCGUGUCAUUCGAGCUGCUAGUGGUAGCAAUACCACUGGAAACUACAUCAUAGUAGUAACUGAUGGAGUCAAUCACAGCAGAUUCAUGGAGAUUGUGGAUCAAGUGAGAAAUGAAACACUCGACUCUAAAAUAUACGAACAAGUUGAAGGACCUUUUAUCAACAUAAUUUCUGCCAGAAUCACUGAAGAUGCUGCACACAGGCUCAAGGUAAUGGAUGGUAUAGAAUUUGUAGAAGAGGAAACUUAUGCUGUAAAGAGUGUGUCAUGGGCAAUAGAUCGUCUUGAUCAGACAGGGCCUACUCUGGACAACACAUACACACCAGAAGGGAAUGGUGAAGGAGUUGAUGUGUAUAUACUUGAUACUGGAAUAAAAUACUCUCACAAUGACUUUGGAGGAAGAGCAAAGUAUCCUGGUUUUGAUCCAGUUGAUACAGCUGAUGGUACUAACCAGAAUGGUCUGGACUGUGAUGGACAUGGAACUCACGUUGCAAGUCUUGCAGUGGGGACCAACUGGGGAGUAGCAAAAGGAGCUGAUGUGUACAGUGUACGUGUGCUUGACUGUGAGGGCUCUGCUCCUUGGAGUGUCAUCGUUAAUGGUGUGAACAAAGCAGGGAGUAGAAUAGUGAGCAGCAAUCGUUCUGGGGUAAUCUCAAUGUCACUAGGAGGAGGAUACUCUCAUACUCUCAAUUCAGCAUUGAUAAGUGUAAUGAAUAAAGGUGUACCAGUAGUAGCAGCUGCUGGUAAUGAGAGAGAUGAUGCUUGUAACUAUUCACCAGCUAGCACUACUGGUGUCAUUACAGUAGGGGGCUCAGCAAAAGGAGACUCUCUUUAUUAUUACACCAAUGGAGGGACUUGUGUUGAUGUGUUUGCUCCAGGAUCACAAGUGACAGCAGCAGAUUCAUCUUGUAAUUCAUGCAGUGUGACUUACAGUGGUACAUCAAUGGCUACUCCAAUUGUUAGUGGAUCUGUUGCUAUUCAUUUGCAAAAGAAUCCUGCACUAACGCCAUCACAAGUCAGAAAUAAAAUAAUACAAGACUCCCUCAAAAACAAACUCACUUAUAACAAUCUAAAGAACAGCCUCAGAAGUGGUACUGCCAAUCGCCUCCUUCAUGUGAAACCUAAAGCAGAAACAGUUACGGUCACUUCCACCAGCACUACUACACAGGAAGUCACUCAAAUAAUUACCAGCAUUUCACAUGCAACAGUCACACAGCAAGUGACAAGGACCACGGUAUCCAUUGUACCUACAACAGUAACCAGUGUCUCUACAUCACAUGUUAGUAUUACUAGUACAGCAACAGUAGCAGUCACUGCUAUUGUUAAAACGUCAGUUCCAGUAACUGUGACUGUCACUCCUACACCAACUCCUGAAGAAGUGUGUUGCUCCACUCUCAGAAACUUUGAAACCUUUGAAGUGCGAAUGAUGAGUGGUCUGAGUGACAUUGUGAAUAAAGGAGUAGAGACCAUUAUAGAGAGAUCUUCAACAUCUUCCAAUUCAACUUGUGAGGUCAAGGCUCCAAUAGAUGGUAAUACAACCACAAAUGGUACGAAACCACAAGCUGUAACUAAGUCAUGUGCCGAGAUCAUUACCAGCUUGCCUGGUGCAUCAUCAGGUAGGUAUUACCUUCAAUCUAAAGAUUCAAAGAUGAAUGGAAGUGCUGCAGUUUACUGUGAGUUGGAGAAGGAGAUAAAAGGUAACAGGGGAUUCAUGAGGAUAGCAAAUGUCAACAUGUCUGAUCCCAAUACUGACUGUCCUGAGGGUCUCUUAUUAAGAACUGAUGGAAACCUUAGGACAUGUCAACGUCAUCAAUUCCAUUCUGGUUGCUCAACAACUAGUUUCAGUUCCUCAGGAGUUGAGUACUCAAGAGUGUGUGGGCGUAUAAGAGGAUACCAGUGGGCAUCACCUAAUGCUUUCUAUGAUACAACACUUUAUUCUUCACCAAAAGUUGAAGAUGAUUACGUUGAUGGAGUAGUACUGACUAAUCAAGUUAAUGAGAGUCGUUCUCAUAUAUGGACAUUUGCAGCUGCUCUUGAUGAAACAGACAGAAAUAAAGCAAUUGUUUGUCAGUGUAGCAAUGUCAAUGUAACACUUAAUGAUUUCAAGACUCCAUCAUUCGUUGGUAACGAUUAUUUCUGUGAAACUGGAUCACGUCACCAAUUCAGUUAUGGUGUUCUCUACACUGAGGAUCCUCUAUGGGAUGGAAAGGGGUGUGGUAAAGUGAGCACCUGCUGUGAUAAAGGAGAGUGGUUCUGUAAGGACGUUCCAAAAACCAGCUCUGAUAUUGAGCUACGACUGUGUGGCAAUGAAGACCGUAAUAAUGAGGAUACUCCUCUUGAUCUGAUUGAGUUAUACAUUCAAUAA